UGAAAAGGAAUAAAUGAUUCUCGAUGAGAUUAAGAAUAACAAAUUUAAAGACAUAUAGAAUAUUGGUAUCUUAAAUGGAAGCCCGAAGCGGGCAAAAGUGAAUUUUUGAAAUAAAAUGUAACAGGAACGGUUCGAGUAUCCGCCUUUCACUCAUCCUACGGGACUGACACCGCGUUACCUGACGACCCUUCUCAAUCAAUUUGGCCGAGCAAACAGCAAAGUGGCCUUGGAUAGUCUACUAGUUCAGUGGCAGGGCAUCGGUCUUGAGGAUACGCUUCUCUAUCAGAUCUUGAUGAUAGGUAGACUUUUAAAUGAUCAAGGCAGACGCCAAGUGGAUCUGUAUCGAUUCUUAGCUGUUGCUUGCGGUUUUAUUACUUCUAGUCUAAAGGAAACGAUGAUUUAUCUUUGCGAGCUGCUUACGGACGAACCUGAAGGUGGAUCUUGUAUGAUACCACUCACGACAAUGCUCAGCAUCUAUGGUUAUCUGGCACGACUCGAUUGCUCCGGUGAAAAUCCAGAAAGUACUUCUACUUCUACUUCUAAAAAUCUCAAAAUUCUUGACAAGCCGUUGAGACAUUCACUGUUAUUGGAGGAGUACGGGAAAAAGAAUAAAGCGGAAGAAAUGAGAAAUAAGACGGUAAAAAAAGAUAAAAAUGAAACGCUUUUUACGAGCUCAAUCUCCCGGGAGGACUUGAAAUCUGUUUGCAUAAGUCAGACUGAAACUAAGAGCAAGACUAGUAAUCAUCGUGUCUGUGACUCCGCCUCAAGCGUCGAGAAAAGCAGUGCGACAAGAACCAGAGAGGAGAUAAGGGGUGAUGGUGAUAUCAAAUGUCUUGCUCGUUUGGACGCUGUCAAAGCUGAUGAGAAAGAGCUCGCGGUGAUGGUAGGAGAAAAAAGUACUCGCACUCAGCAAAAAAAGCUCCAUGUUCCUCUUCUUGCUUCCACUGAAAACGAAGACGAUAUUGCCGAUAAAACUCUUAGCAGCCCCACUCUGCAGUCAAUAAGCGAUUGUUACUCAAACAACCCGAACUACAGUUCCGUAAAAGUUUCCUCAAAGGGUGAAGCUAAAAGCAAAGAAGUGGAUGUAGCAAGGCUGGAGUUAAAGAACCAUAAGGAGAAACCGGGGUCGGAAGGGGUGUCCAAAGAAAGGGUCGGAGCCGGGUUUGGUGGAAAAAAGAACGAGGUCGACAUGUUAAAAGAUAAAAAAAUAAUAAAAUACACAGACAUGAAAGAGAAGUUGGGUCUUUCCGAAAUUUUCCAAGGGAUAUAUGAGAGUUAUCAAGUGAGGGUGAAAAAUAAAGAUUUAUUAAGUUUAUCAUGCUCCUCGUUAUCGCUGAAUGAAGAUGUUGGCUGCGAGGGAGAACAAAUUAAAGAGCCAGAAGGGAAUGAGGAAGAGGAUGAUGUUGUGGUUAAUUUUCUGAAGAGAAUGGAGAAGUUAACGUUAAGGGGAAAUAUUGACAUUAAUUAUCAAGUAAUUGGGAUUGGCGGUAUUGUUACCGAUGAAUGUAUUAAUAAUGUUCAAGAGUGGUUAACGGAAUGUGGAGCCUGUCAGCAGGGUCUCGUUGGCCCCCUUAACUUGAGACACUUCCUCUGUCCAAGACUCAACGACACUCGUGGGAAAGACUUUAAUUAAUUGCACUUAACGACGUUGCAGUACCAGCGGUAAAAAAUACCCUCAAUGCAGAAUAAACGGAAGAAGAAAAUAAGAAAAGAAAAUGGCAUUAACUAGUUAAAAUUUAGAGAUAAUGUAAUAAAAUAAAUGGAGAUUAAUUGCUAGAUUAAAUGGA